AUGGCGGGGACGAACCGGGCCGGGCCCCGCCGCUCCCGGUUCCUGCUCCCGCUGUGGCGGCGGCGCUCGGCGCUGACCACGCGGCGCCGGAACAAGCGAGACCCGCCCCGCCCGGCCAGGCCGCCGCCCCUCGGCGCUACAGCGACCCCUGCAGGCGCGGAGGGCUCCCGAACAGCGGGGUUCGGGGGGGACGGGGGACACGGACCCCGAAACAUAUCUGACAGGAUGGGCCUCCUGACGCAUCUCUACCGCACCUUCGAGAAGUCCAAGUUUGCGGGGUUUUGCCAGAAGCUGGCAGAGGGUGCCCAGGCUGGGGACCCCCUCUGCUGCCACAUCUUCAACAAGGCAGGCGAAGUCCUGGCUCGCCAUGUCGUCGCUGUGCUGCCCAAAAUCGACAGGAGCCUGUUCCUGGGGGAGCUGGGGCUGCCCAUCGUCUGCGUGGGCUCCGUCUGGAAUAGCUGGGAGAGGAUGCAGGCGGGGUUCAUCCGUGUGCUGGCACAGGCACGGGAGGAGACCCCCGGCCACGUCUUCUCCCGGUUCAGCCUCCUGAAGCUGAAGCGCUCCUCGGCGCUGGGGGGGGCCCGCUUGGGUGCCAGGAAUAUCGGCCAGGCUCUGCCCUUGGACUACGCCGGCAACGUGGAUGUCUUCUACACCCACGUCUUCUAGCUGUGGCCCCCCACGGCUC